AUGAACUGUUUCAGAGAGAAGCCUUAUUCCUGCACUGACUGUGGGACACGCUUCACAACAUCAAGGGCUCUGACAGUUCAUCAGAGAGUGCACACUGGAGAGAAGCCUUACUCCUGCUUUGACUGUGGGAAGAGUUUCUCAGGAUUGGGUCACUUAAAAAGACACCAACGUAUACACACAGGAGAGAAGCCUUACUCCUGCUCUGACUGUGGGAAGAGUUUCUCUCAACAGAGCAGCUUAAACUCGCACAAGCAUAUACACACAGGACAGAAGCCUUACUACUGCUCUGACUGUGGAAAAUGCUUCACAGCAUCAUUUGAGUUAAAAGUUCAUCAGAGAACACACACAGGAGAGAAGCCUUACUACUGCUCUGACUGUGGGAUGAGUUUCUCUCAUCAAAGCAGCUUAAAAUCACACCAACAUAUACAUAAAGCAGAGAAGCCUUACUCCUGCUCUGACUGUGGGAAGUACUUCACAACAUCAGCUGAGCUAAAAGUUCACCAGAGAACACACACAGGAGAGAAGCCUUACUGCUGCUCUGACUGUGGGAAGAGUUUCUCUCAACAGAGCAACUUAAAAACACACCAACUUAUACAUACAGGAGAGAAGCCUUACUCCUGCUCUGACUGUGGAAAGAGUUUCUCUCUACUGAGCAACUUAAAACGACAUGAACGCAUACAUACAGGAGAGAAGCCUUACAUAUGCUCUGACUGUGUAAAAUGCUUUACAACAUCAACUGAGCUAAAACGUCAUCAGAGAACACACACGGGAGAGAAGCCUUACUCCUGCUCUGACUGUGGAAAGAGUUUCUCUCAACUGAGCAACUUAAAAGCACAUGUACGUAUACAUACAGGAGAGAAUCCUUACUCCUGUUCUGACUGUGGGAAGAGUUUCUCUCUACUGAGCAACUUAAAAUCACAUGAACGUAUGCAUAAAGGAGAGAAGCCUUACUUAUGCUCUGACUGUGUAAAAUGCUUCACAACAUCAACUGAGCUAAAUCGUCAUCAGAGAACACACACAGGAGAGAAGCCUUACUCCUGCUCUGACUGUGGAAAGAGUUUUUCUCGACAAAGCACCUUAAAAAAACACCAAGGUAAACAUAAAGGACCACUGAUCUGACUGUGAAAAAUGUUUUAAAACAACAGCUGAGCUAAAAGGUCAUCAGAGAACACACAUAGGAGAGAAGCCUUACAUCUGCUCUGACUGUGCGGCGAGUUUCUCUCUUCUGUGCCACUUAAAAUGACUUGAACAUGUACACACACGGGAGAAGACAUCACUGCACUGACUGUGGGAAGAGAUUCUACAGAAUGAGCCAUUUAAAAAGACACCAAUGUAUACAUAAAGGAGUUCUCUCAGACCAGCUAAGAUUAGUCACUCCACUUCAUUCUCAUGUCAUUAAAUAAUUGGCAACGUUGAAUUGGAUCAAAUGAAGAAAGCAUAGAACACUAUUGUAAUCCUAUAGUUUCUCACUGUGAGAGAACUGUGCAGAGGAAAGGGAGCGUUAUAGAAUGUUAGCCUCUCUUUACUGAUCAGUGUGCACCUUGUCAGUUUUGGUGUGUUUUGUUAGCUUCUACUGUAAAGAUAUUGAGUUGACCUUGGAUUUGCCCUUAGGGUUGAAUAUCCUCUGUGAGGUGUCUCACAAUGGAGUCUGAUGGUUGACUGGGUGGUACUGCUUCUCUCUGCAGUUUUCUGUGGGAAAGAGCUGGUAGACACAACAUGUACAGAGUGUACAAAACAUGAAGGGACACCUGCUCUUUCCAUGACAUAGACUGACCAGGUGAACCCAGAUGAAAACUAUAAUCCUUAUUGAUGUAGUUUUUAUUAUGAAUUUAUUAUGGAUUCAUUAUGGAUCCCCAUUAGCUUUCAGCAGAAAACAAGAGACUGCAGUUGCAGUGGGCUAAGAAAUGGAAAGACUGGACGCUGGAGAAUGAAUUUGAAAAACAUUUCCUGGUCUGAUGAAUCCCUGUUCCUGCUGUUUCAUGCUGAUGGGAGGACUAGGGUAUGGAGGAAACCAUGAGUACAUCCAUCAUGCCUCGUGUCAACAUUGCAGGCUGGUGGUGAUGAUGGGGUGUGUUUUCAUGGCACAUAUUGGGCCCCUUGAUAAAAGUGGAGCAAUGUUUGAAUACCACAGGAUAUCUAAACAUCAUUGCCAAUCAGGUGCAUCCCUUCAUGGCAGCAGUGUAUCCAUCUGCAAAUAGAUUUUUUAUGCAACAAGGCUUGUCCAGGAGUGAUUCCAAGAACAUGACAGUGAAUUCAGCUUACUGCAGUGGCCUGCCGAGUCACCAGAUCUCAAUCCAAUUGUUCAUCUGUGGGAAGAGAUGGAAGGAGCUAUUCGGAGUAGAGAUCCACUCCCAGCCAACUUGACACAAUUUUAGGAAGAAUUGGGCCAGAAUCCCUGUGGAAUGCUCUCAACACCGUGGACAGUCUAUGCACUGAAGAAUUAAGGCUAAUUCUGAGGACAAAGGAGGGGUGCAACUCAAUAGGAUGGUGUUCCUAAUGUUUGUGCACUCAGUGUAUAUCAGAUAAAGGUGGUGUGAUGACCAGUUUUUAGCAUUGGUUUGGGUGGAUUAUUUUAUAUUACUAAACUUUUGUUUAAUGAUAAACAGUCUAUGAAUCUACUUGUGUUUAUUAUAAUUGUCUUUUAAUACUAGAUUUAUUAUUUUAGUCAUUGAUGAUGAAUGUAUUUGAAUAACUGUGUUGAAGUUAAUUGAUCUGGUAGCAGGUAGCCUAGCGGUUAAGAGUAUUGGGCCAGUAACUGAAAGGUUGAUGGUUUGAAUCCCGAGCCGACUAGGUGAAAAGUCUGACAUUGUGCCCUUGAGCAAGGCAAUUAACCCUUAUUUGUCCUGUAAGUUGCUCUGGAUAAGAGCAUCUGCUAAGUGACAAGAUUGUAAUGAAAAAUGUUUGUACAUUAAUUUAUGCUGGGCAACCACCUUUUUUCUCUUAAAUGAAAUAAACUGUUUGAAGUGAAAUACUGUAUAUACAAUACACAACAUUACCACUUUGUUGACCCUGGCCAGAGGUACAGGACCAUAGUAAACUAGACUAUGUAGCUGUUGUUAGUAGCCUACAGUUUCCAUGUAAUACAGCAUGUCAGAUCACUAAUGAUUAGGUGUAUAGGCUGCUACAUUUAUGCUUGUGUCUGUCGGGAGUGAUGUGUUAUCAGGCUACCAGAGGGAAGUGGAGAGCGCGCCUUGAGCUUUGUGGGUUGUGCCCGGGCCGCCCGACAUGGUCAAGAGAGGCAAAGGGCCUGCAGCAGCACUCUGAUGUGAAGAACAGCCCAUACAAAAAUGUAGGAUUGUAGUACAAUGAAGAAGAAAAAAGUAGCAUGGUAUUUUCUUGGGAUGGUAGUGACCAAAAACAAUAUUUUUCCAUUGUACUAGAGGCCUAGGAACAUAGAAGAAACUGACAGAUGUGUCAUAAUAGCCUGGAAGUAAAGCUGCACUGGGAGACACAUUUGAAAUGGAAUACAUUGAAUACAUUCAGCAGGGUGGAAAUAAUCACAGUAAAACACAAUUUAAAUGUAUUUUUGGAAGGGGUGUGGUCACCAUUCAUGUAAUACAUUAAAUAUAUACAUCAGAUGGUAUUGGGGAGCUAUUUCAUAGGGUUUUCACAGGUACAUUAUUUACCCAUUUCAAUCUUAUACCAACCAACCCUAUGCUUGGUGUGACUGUUAUGGACAGAGCAGACCAUCUGAUAUGCCCUUAAAUAUUGUAAUAUGCAACCUGGAAUUAAAAUGUAAGAGGACCAGUGCUUCUACAGUGAAACACAUCUCACAACUGUGCUGUUUGAGAGAGAUGUUGUUAGACUACAUUGUAUCAUUGUUUCCUCUUCUGACUACCUCAUGAAACUGGUUGAGAGAAUGUCAAGAGUGUGUCAUCAAGGCAAAGG